AUGUGGACGGCGCUGAACACACUCGGCUACACUCCGUACCAUUUCAAAGAAGUUAAAAAGAACAUCCAAGAUCGCCAUCUUUUCUGCUGGAGGGAAGCGCUCAUCGCGAAGCUGUACGGAAGUGGCAAGCCAUACGGCAAAGCCGACUUUGACAAGCUGCUCCAACACUAUGAUGUGAGUGGCCUUGUGUGAGCAUGUUGUCCGCCAGCUGACGUUGAACAUAGGCCGUAACAGACGCCCCCGCCGUGAACUUUUCCGAAGAGCUCAUCGCAGCAUACCCGGAUGCAAAAGUCAUACUGACCAAGCGGGAUCCCAAUAAGUGGCUCGCCUCGAUCCUCCGGUCCUAUCAUGCCGUCAUCGAAUCGAAAGUCUUCCGCGUCGCGGCGGCGAUGGAUCCAGUGAGCUUGCCCUCCUCCUCCACAGAUCCAUAGCAUACUUUCUCACGAUGUGAUGUAGGGCUUCAGCAUGCUCGAAGAAGUCCUCCGCCUCGUCCUCUGCCAUUGGACUGGUGGGGACUGGCGCAACCGCGACAAGCUCAUUGAAGGGUACCACGCCCACAACGAGCUCAUCAGAGAUAUCGUGCCUCCAGAAAAUCUCCUCGAAUGGGCACCGGAGGAUGGAUGGGAGCCGAUUUGCAAAUUUCUGGAGAAGCCGAUCCCGGAGGAGCCAUUUCCUCAUUCGCAUAAAGGCGAUCGUGUCGCUGAGGGCUUGACCAUGGCCGCAAGACUCCGCUUGGCCAAGGGCGUUUUGCAGACCGCCGUCGUGCCUGUGCUUCUCACUUCCGUCGCGUGUGGAUGUCUGCUCCUUGAGUAUGGUGGUCCAUACUGGGCGGGAGUCAAGUCAGUCGUAGGCAGUAAGAUGGGGUCAUCAUGGCCGUGGAUAUUGUUCGGGACGCCGAUUGUGGUGUUGAAGACGUGGAGUUAUGUGACGAAUAGGUAG